UCCGGUUUCGAGAAUUCCAGUGUACCUGUCGAACGUAUUCUUUCCUCUCUUUUUUUUGUGCCGGAAACAGCCAUCCAGCCGUCAGAGCCAGGGUAAGUAACUAAAGUUAAGAAUGGUAGUUCGCCAGUUGAUCAGCAGUUCUAAAACCAUCUUUUUAGCCUUAUCCUGUCUUAGUUUAGUCUAUCUUUUUGUAUCAGUACUAGUAAAUCAAGCACCUAUAUUGGAUAACAUUUGGUUAAGAAAAUCAGACUAUGCUGAAAUUUCUUCCGAAACAACAAUAAAUCAUGUGGUUUUUGGAAUUGCUUCAGCUUCCAAUUCAUGGGAAAACCGGAAGGAAUACGUUCGUCUAUGGUGGAAGCCAGAACAAAUGAGAGGCUGUGUAUUUCUCGAUGCAAUGCCGCCGUUGCAGCAGAAUGAUGCUAAUUCUACUUCUCUUCCUCCUUUAUGUGUGUCCGAGGAUACUUCGCGGUUCCGGUACAGCUUUAAAGGAGGUGAUCGAUCUGCUAUACGCGUAGCACGAGUUUUGCUGGAAACUGUGAAUUUAAACCAUUCAAACGUGCGAUGGUUUGUUUUCGGUGACGAUGAUACUGUCUUCUUCGCUGAGAAUCUAGUGAAGACACUGUCCAAGUAUGAUCACAAGCUUUGGUAUUAUAUUGGAUCUAUUUCGGAAACGUUCGUGCAGAAUGACCAUGUUUUAUCUUCAUUUGAAAUGGCUUAUGGUGGAGGUGGCUUCGCUGUAAGUUACUCUCUUGCAAAAGUUUUAGCUAAGGUUUUGGAUUCGUGCCUGGAUCGCUAUCCUCAUCUUUAUGGAAGUGAUGCUAGGAUUUACUCUUGUUUAGCCGAGCUCGGCGUUUCUUUGACUCAUGAAGUUGGAUUUCAUCAGGUUGAUCUUCGCGGUAAUCUGUUCGGAUUACUGGCCUCGCAUCCAUUAGCACCUUUGAUAUCUCUUCAUCACUUGGAUAAAGCUGACCCUAUAUUUCCCAACAAGACAACGCAUCAAGCAGUUGAACAUCUACUGAAAGCUGCAACAACUGACCCUCAUAGAGUAGUGCAACAAACAAUUUGCUACGACAACAUGUUUUCAAGAACAAUAUCGAUUUCUUGGGGUCACGCUGUUCAGAUUUUUGAAGGUAAUGUUCUUGUUCGGGAUCUUCUUCAAGUCAGGAAUACGUUCAAGCUAUGGAGGGAAGACAUAUCAAACACAGAUCUGUACAUGUUCAAUACUCGAAAAAUUGAUAGUAAUCCAUGCAAAAGACCCACAAUUUUCUUUCUGGAAAAUUUAUCGACAAAUCUGAAUACAAAUGAUCCUGUCAUUAAGAGCAUUUACAAGAGCAAUGGUAUUGGGAACUGCUUCAAAAAGAAGGACUUGACUAAGAAACUGCAAGAAAUCCGAGUGUUCGCACAUAAGCUAGACCUUCAUAUUAAGCUGGAAGCGCGGAGACGGCAAUGCUGUGAUGUCUUGCCUUUUUCGUCAAAUGACAAAGUUCUCAAUAUUGCUAUUAGAGAAUGUGGAGAAGAUGAACUAGCUUACAUGCAUCAAUAAAACUUUCGGAGA